UUUACUUAUAGGUUGUUAUAGCUGAAGCAGAAUCACAAAGUCAACUAAUGUGGCUUUCGUUUGACUUUGUAGUCAUACAAAGACAAAGACUUGCGUUUUAAGCUACCAAGCAUAUCAUGCAUUCAUAUGUUAGUCCAAGACCAAUAUUCAAUCUUGUUCCAAAACACAGCACAAAAAAUGGGUGUUCUUUCAGUUUUGUCUUGUUUCAUUAAACCAUCUUCUGAUUCUAAUCCAACACUCAUGUCAGCAAAACCACCUUCAUCCAUUGUAAAUGAACUUUGCCAUCAGUUUUCUCUUGCAGAGAUACAAGCAGCAAUAGCAAGAAAUUCCAACGAGUUUUCGAAACUAGGACAACCCCGUGGAUUAAAGAAUGUUUUCAAAGGUUAUCUGCAGAAUAGUAAUAUCCCAAUUGCCAUCAAGAGGUGCAGCAUUGGAUCAUUUUCACAGCAGCUGUUCUCAGAGUUCAAGAAUGAGAUUGUCUUGCUUUGUCAGCUGCACCAUCCUAAUCUCAUGCCUCUAACCGGAUUCUGUAUCGAAAGAAACAAGUUGAUUAUCGUGUAUGAAUACAUGUCUAAUGGCUCCCUUGUUGAUCAUCUUCAUCAUAUAAACCAUGAUCCACUUUCAUGGAAGAGGAGGCUUCAAAUUUGCAUAGGUGUGGCUCGUGGACUUCACUAUCUUCACACUGGAGCCAAGCAUGUUAUCGUCCACCGCCACAUUAAGACAAGUAACAUUCUUUUGGAUGAUAACUGGGAGCCUAAAGUUUCAGGUUUGUCACUGUCCAAAAGGGUUCCUCUUAGUAUCUCAAAGUCAUUGAUCAGAGUGGAGUCAGAUGUAAAAGGAACAUUUGGAUAUCUUGAUCCAGAAUAUGUAAGAACCGGAAUGCUUACCGAAAAAUCAGAUGUAUUUUCAUUCGGUGUAGUUUUGUUAGAGGUUGUGAGUACAAGAACAAUACAAAAGGAACGUUUGUAUAACCAGAUUCAUUCAAUGAAAUCAUAUGCAGAGGAAAUUGUUGAUCCAUUUCUCAAGUCAAAGAUUGAUCCAGAUUGUUGGAGAACUUUUGUUGACAUCACUGAGAGAUGUUUGGCUGAAGAUGGAAGGGAGAGGCCAGACAUGGGGGAAGUGGAGUUGGAGCUUGAACAUGCACUGCAAUUGCAAGAGGAAGCUGAUGCCAAGAUUAUUGGUUCAGAAAAUUUUGAUAGAAUAUGAUUUUCUUUUUCUGAGUUGAAUCCUGCCUU